AUGGCCGCCCACCGCAUCGGCGCCCGCGUCUCGGUCCUCUCGCCAGCGCAGCUGUGCGCCAUCAUCGAGGCGCAGGCGGGCGCGAGCGACGCCGCGCUGCGCGUGGCGGAGGAGCACGCCGCUCGGCUCGUGGAGCAGCCCGAGUGGGUGCUCUCCGAGGUCCUCCUCUCGCCGGACCUCGCCCCGCACAUCCUCGCCCAGCUGCCGACCAAGGCGCACGCCGCCAAGGGGACGGGGACCAAGCUGCCGACGCACCCCAAGCCGUCGCACAAUUUCCUGGCCACUCGCCGUGCGGAGGCCGCUGCGGCGGCGGCAGCGGCGCAGCGUGGACCAGACACGGGAGGAACGGGCAUCGCGCUCAGUGGCGGCGGCAAUCGUGCCUACACGUGUGCCUUUGGGGUGCUGCGCGGUCUCGCGGUCAAGGGAGCGCUGGACAACCCACCGGAGAAGCAGUGGAUGUCGGGCGCGAGCGGCGGCGGCUGGGCCACGGCCACGUACUCCUUCAACCAGACGGUGCCUCGCGAUGUGCUGCUCGACGUGGGCCGCGCUGCGCUUUCACCGUCGGAGCUCACCGUUGAGGCCUGCAGCACAGUUGAGCCCCGCAGCAUGGGCCAACCGGUGUCCACCAAGCCCAUGACGUACUGCUCGAUCCUGCUCUCCUUUCCCUUGUCGUGCAUCGCAUCCUCCCUCGCGCUACAACCCUUCGGCGCGAUCUCGUGGAUCCGCAACGUCUGGCGGGUCUACCUCGCGCCCUUUGGCGUGCCGCAGGGAAAGCUGUUUGCCGCUUCGGCUGCCGAGGUGGACGCCAAAGGCGGCCGCCGGGACGACUACCUCUUUCCGGCCAAGUACUGCGCCUCGACCCCGCUGAUUGGCAUCACAAUGUACGGCCCAUCGGUGGCGCAGUUGGGCCCAAUUCCCGCGUGCACCCUGCCUGGGUGCAUUGGGAUGAGCCUCGCCAAGGACUUUGUCAGGAACAUCAACGCCGCCGACGUGGCAGCCGCCACGAUAGACGGCCCGUCACCCGAGGAGGCGCGCGCGAAGCACGAUAAUUGCGCUCCCGUGCAGUACGUGGUGUCGCCGAGCGAGGUGGCGACCGGCUACUCGGGCCCCCCGGCCGAGGUCAGCGGCUUGGCUUGCAUGAGCGAGACUCUCGACAUUGGCCACGUGCCAGGUGUGCCUCCGUCCGAAUGGAGCCAGGGUUUUGGCAAGGCUAACUCGCUGGAGUUUUACAUCGGCGCGGGCAGCAUGAUGGAGGCCGCCUACCUCAGCUCGAAGCGAAUCUCGCCCAAGGGGAGGAUCGAGAACGCUGUCCUCGAGGCCCUUUUGCCCACCGCGCGCUUUGAGACCAACGUGGGCGUGUGGAACACGCUCAAGCUCGGUGACGGCGGAAACCUCGACAACACGGCCUCGCUCACACUGCUGCGGCGCCAGUGCAAGGAGGAGCACGAAGACAACACGAAGCAGAAGCGGCCGCCACCGAGCAAGAUGACGCAGAACGAGUACGACGCGGCGGCGCUCUCGCCGGACCUGUCGAGCUUGUUCGGCGUCCCUCUCAUCGCCGCCGACGGCUCGUGGAACUACACGUACCCCGGAUUUAACUACCAGACCAACCGGGUCUUUGCGAUUGAGCGCUACCACGAGCUGUGCGAGAAGUUCGAGGCGGCGCUGGCGUCCGGCGCCCCGCUCGUCGCGCGGCUCGAGAACGUGGAGGUGCACGCCAACACCUUCCACGGGGUCGUGCCGUACACGUGCAACUACACCGUCAUUUGGAACCAAGCGCCUCGCCAGUGGCUGGAGAAGGUGCCGCCGGCGACCCUCGAGGCCGUGCUCAACGGCGAGGUGGACAGCGUCAACACGCCGGGUAACUUUCCCACCUUUGCGACGCUUGGGCAGAACAAGGGCCUGAUGGAGUUCACGCCGCUGCAGACAAAUCUGCUCGCCGACAUGAUGGCCUGGAUCGUCGACGCGGAGUGGGACAAGCUGAGGCCUUGCUUCUCUUGA